GCUGAGUGAUUGCGUCGUGUGGGCCACGUGCUCUCUGGAUGUUUGCGGGACUGUGUUAUCUUUAUUUAAGUAAUAGUACCUCUGUCCAUUAUGCUCUCUCUCUAUUGACAGAUCCAAAUGCCUGAUCUCAUUGAUGCUUUGCUUAUUGGUUUGUUGUUUGUGCUCUGACAGUACGCGUUCAGUAAAAGAAACGCAUCCAUCAUGGUACUCUUCCAGCAGGUCUCUCCCUGGGAGUGCAAGAGUGGCAUGAGCGUAGGACCCAAGCUCUGAUUGAGAGGGGGAAUGAACAGCACUCCGCCUGGAUUACGGUUGCUCAGGCCUCCGACAGUGAUAGGCCAGUUCCACACACUGUUCUUUGGCUCUGUUCGGAUGUUCUUUCUGGGCGUCCUGGGCUUUGCAGUCUAUGGCAAUGAAGCUCUCCAUUUCAGCUGUGAUCCAGACAGGAGGGAGUUAAAUCUCUACUGUUACAACCAAUUUAGGCCGAUAACACCUCAGGUAUUCUGGGCAUUGCAGUUGGUAACUGUUUUAGUCCCUGGAGCUGUAUUUCAUCUCUAUGCUGCCUGUAAAAACAUUGACCAGGAGGAAAUCCUUCAGAGACCUACAUACACUGUCUUCUACAUCAUCUCUGUCCUACUAAGAAUUAUUCUGGAAGUCAUCGCUUUUUGGUUGCAGAGCCAUCUCUUUGGUUUCCAGGUUCACCCACUCUACAUGUGUGAUGCCAGUGCCCUAGAAAAGACGUUCAAUGUCACAAAAUGCAUGGUGCCAGAACACUUUGAAAAGACCAUAUUUUUAAGUGCAAUGUACACUUUCACUGGGAUCACGGUGCUGCUGUGUGUUGCUGAGAUAUUUGAGAUACUCUGUAGGAGAUUGGGUUAUUUGACCAAUCAAUGACCUGUGUGUUAUUUGCUACAGAGUAAUUGGUCAUAUUUCAAAUUUCUGUGUCUAUCCAGGUCUCGCAUGGACACCAAGGCCGAAAACUACAUACCUCUGCUUUCUUUUGUUGGGAGUCGACACUCAGACACUUCUUUCCAUAAUCCCAUUGUUUAAGUCAAGUCACACAGAUUUAAACCUUAUUUUGUCAAUAGACUAAUGAUAUUGUUGUGACAAAUGCAGCUUUCAAUCAUUGGCCCACAUAAGAAAGAAAUGUGUUACCAGUAAUUCUAAUAUUUUCCACAUCCAUACUUCAGUAUUUGUACCCAGUGAAAAGUGUUAUAGCAUUGUUGUAGUCUUCUUAGGGGCCUAUAGACAAACCUACAUCCCACAGUAAUGUAAUCUAAUUGUCCAGUACAACAUAUGGCCAAUGUCGUGUCAUCAAUGGUAACAUCCUGAUACCCUACGACACAAGCUGAAAAUGGGUCAUUUUAAGGCAUUUGGACUAUGCCUUCAGAUGAAAAAAAGGCAGGCAAAAAUUUCACCUAAUGAAGCUUAGAUUUGAUUUCAAUAUUUGGCCUUUAUUAUUUUUAGUUCAUAAUAAAUUAGUAAUUGUACAUUUGUAUGAAUUGAAGUUCCGGACUAUAUAAAGGUUCUCAAAUUAGUUUUAAAUUUGAACGAUUUUUUGCACAUCCUUUGAUUGUGAAAUUAAGGUUUUGAAAUACUAUAUAUUGGAAUGGUAUCAAUAACAGUUAAAGAAGAUGGGUUUCCAUGCUACCAGAUUUAUCAUGCAGAUUCUGCACAUCACUGUAGAUUUAAGUGUAUAUGCUGAUAAGUUGCUGGUCACAGUGUGAAUAGUUAACUCAUAUAUUUGACUAUUUUAAGACCCUUUUCAUAGCUUGUAGUAUUAUGCUUUUGAUUUUACCCUGUGCUGUUGCUGUACUGAAAAUGAUUACCUCUUUUGUUUUGUAUCUGUAAGUUAUUAUCAGGCAUCCAUCCAACUUUUGUUAUUAUUUUCAGCUAAAUGUAUCAUCUCAGGUACAAUAUGGCAUACUGCUUUCUGGUAUUUGUGACAGCUGGAUAGUUUUAAAGUUUGCCUCUUUCAUUUUGUAUAAAAAGCUGCGGUAACUGUUAAAAGAAGCAAUGACAUUCAUUUGGUUGUCAGUAAAUCUGAGGAGUAUUUUGGGGAAGUGGGAUCAAUUAGUUAUCAAGCUAAUUCCGGUAUACACAGUCUGAAAUUCUGCGGAUUGUAUUGUUGAAAGAGAUGUUGAACUUGAAAUAAGCUCAAAUCCAGUUACCUUUAUUAAUCAGAAAUCAGGCUUGAUAGAAACUAUGAAUAUCUAGCUCACAAAGUAAUUAGUCUUGCAUUCUGAAAUACCCCACAAGGACCCAUAUCUGUUACGUAGGUUUUUUAUUUUUACUAAUGUUUGCUUGCAAUGUUUACAUUUCUUAGCGUAAUUUCAUUACAUCUAUUGUCUGUUUUGACUGAGUGUUCUUUAUAAAAUGCAUAAAACUUCUCAGCUUUGUUUAAUAAAAGGUGCACAUUUUAUGACCAA